AUGACGGGUACAGGUAGCGCUGUCAAAGAGGGUGAGGUCCUGAACGCUUUCCAAGAGAUCAACGAGGACUUGCACGGCAAGGCCGAGGUUGUGGAGAAAUGUCUUUCCAUUAUUCACCACCUCGGGCUCUCUGCCCGUGACUUGGCGAAUGAAUGGGAGGCUCAUGCCAUGAAUCGCGGCUCGGACGACAGUAGUCAGGCUCUCCUCAACCUGUCCUCCCUCGGGUCUUUGGAGGCAACCUUGAGCAAGCGAGGAACAGGCGCGGGCGGGGCUACUGUCACCCCAGCCGCUUCCACGCGCCGCAGCGGACGCGCGUCUUUCGACCCGAGCACGUUGCCUUCCACAGAACAGGCCAUGCGCAAGCGGCUGAGCAUGUCCGAGGACCCCGCCUCGGCAGAG